GGGGACGGUGGAGGCUGAGUAAUUGCACGAUGUUUGUCCCGUGAGAUGAGGAGUCAUCACACUUUCCUUCUUACCCUCCUCCUGCAGAUGACCUACACCACCCCUUCACACACACACACACACACACACAAACACACACACACACUCAGUUUCAUGCUGCUCUCCCCCCAGAAGUGACACGAUCUGGUCGUUCAGUCUCAGCAUCUUCACAUUGAUUCACCUAUAAUCACUAUAUACAGUAUAUCAAUGAUGUGUGUGUGUGUGUGUGUGUGUGUGUGUGUGCAUGGAUGUGACACGCUCUGUUUGAUCCUCAGGCUUGUUCUCCUGAUCUGAGGAUCUGUCACCUUCAGGUCGAUGUAUGGAGCUGCUGGAGGAGAUGAUGAAGGAGGAGGAGGAGGAGGAGGAGGAGGAGGAGGAAGAAGGUGUCUGUUCUGACCUGCGUUUAGAUGAUGCUCACCCCAGCCUUCAGUGUGUGGUGUGGUCCAGCCCAGCAGAGGUGACCAGUGUGGGAAACAAGUGGAAGUGAUCCUGAAGUAGAGGUCUACAGACUGUCUGGGUCUGAGAGUAGUCUCAGUGUCAGACAUCUGUGGUCCGAGGUGGGACUGAUGUCCAACUGUCCCGGUGCCUCAGUGUGAACUGAUAUUCCAGACUUCCACCGUGGUCUCGUCCUGGUGUCGUUGACUGUGACCACAGCCGUCAGCUGCUCCUCUUUGUUUCUGUUCCACUGGUCGGUUUCAUCCGUCAUCGAGACAAAGUCAUAAGAAGAAGUGAGAUGACCUGCCGUCGUCCCUUACCAUGAGGACAGACGCGGCUGCUCAGCAGCGGCAGUUUGCAUGUGAGCAGACACGGAGAAGGACUGGACUCGAACGCAGUCUCGGACUUGAGUGCGUUUCUGUCUGCUUUGGAUCUGCGGACGCGCGUGGCGUCGCGCUGAUGACCCGUGGACGUGUCCACAGGAGACCUGGGAUUAUGAGGAUCGGAGCCGGAGCGGAGUUUCUGUGCCGACACUGAAGCCUCGCAGCUGGAUUCGGACUUGUUCUCUGUGGUCCUGCUUUGUUUUCCCCGGUUGUGUGGAGAUGGGGAUCCUGGACCGGAGGAGCAGAGCUUCUCUGGCUCUCACCUUGAACUUCCUGGCCCUGUUCCUGGCCGUGUGCGCGCUCAGCACCAGUUACUGGUGCGAGGGGACCCGUAAGGUGGUGAAACCUCUGUGCAGCGGUCCAGCGUCGGCCGGGAAACAGAAGUUCUGCAUCCGCUUCAACAGCUCCAACCUGAACGACAGCAGACUGGUCCAGUACAUCUGGGAGACAGGGGAGGACAAGUACGUCCUCAGGAAGUUCCACACCGGCAUCUGGUUCUCCUGCGAGCAGAACAUCAACAUGAGCGGUGAAAAGUGCAGAAGUUUCCUUUACGUCGCUCCUCCAAAUGAACGAGGAGUUCUAUGGCUGUGCAUCGUCGCAGAGUGUCUGUACAUUCUCCUCUUGGCCACCGGGGGCAUCCUAAUGUCCAUAGAGGUUUGCCAAUUUGGAAACGUCAUUGACGGCCUCAAGCUCAACGCCUUUGCUGCCAUAUUUACUGUUCUGUCCGGUCUACUAGGGAUGGUGGCCCACAUGAUGUUCACCACAGCUUUCCAGCUGACCGUCAGUCUGGGCCCAGAGGACUGGAAGCCUCAGUCCUGGGACUACAGCUGGUCCUACAUCCUGGCUUGGAGUUCCUUCACUGCCUGCAUGGCCUCCUCCGUCACCACCAUCAACCGCUACACCAAAACCAUCCUGGAGUUCAAGCACAAGCGACGGAACAUCGAGAAGAACCUGAAGAUCAAGCAGAAGCUGCUGGAACUGGACUCUCCGGAGCAGGUGUGGGACAUGUACAUCAGCUCGGUGCCCAGCACCGCAGAGGAGCUGCUGGAUCUGUCCUCUAGUGGGCGCAAACUCUCCGACACCUCCAUCUUCCUGGACCUCAACGACCUGCCAGAACCACAGGUGGAGGAGUACUGCUAGAAGAGCCAGAGCAGGAGAACAGUGUGGUCAGACAUUCUUCUGCUAAUGUCUGCUCUAACAUCUCAGACCUGGACCUCAACUGAACAGAUGAACGUCUAUUGUCAACUAUAGCACACCCUAGUGGGCGUUAGGCCUCAUGUUUUACUGCCUGUUGGACAUCACGGGCCUUUAGCUGCAGAUACACGUACUGUACUUGAACCAGGCCAGUAUUUGUGACCGUGUACUGGUACUUGAUCCUGGAGCUGUGUGACACUGCCUCCAAACCAGAGGCAGAGGUUUCAUUGGUUUAAAGGAAAAGUUCCAUUUUUAUUCUUUUGUUAAUUUUGAUUCUCUCAGCCCUGACCUGAACAGUAUAACUGAUGUUUUAGAGUGAUGUUCGCUGUGUUUUUAACGUCAGUUCAAACGUUUAUAAAGUACUCCUUGUCCUGCACCAAACCCCAUGAAGAAAAGAGACACAGGAACCAAUGUUCUACGGCUGCCUUGGUUGUCCAGCGUGAACAGAGAUUUUGAAAAAAAAAACAAUUUUGUGCAAUAAAGAAACGUUCCAUUUUAUUUAUUUUUUUGUAAAAGGAAAAAAAAAGUUGUGAUAUUUGUUUUAAUUUGUUUGCAUGAACCGUGACGUCACAAUGACCGUUUGACAAGACUGCAGGUGAUGAUAAUAGUCAUGAUAUAUUAGAUAAUACAUUUGUUUGUGUGUUCAGAUGAUGAUGAGUUUUUCUGUAGGUGAGGAAAUUAAAACUUUUAAUAAUCUGUAUUAUUUGUUUUUUAUUUAUUUAUCUUUUUAAUUUGAAGUAUUUCCCCCUCUUUCUGUAAAGGUCACUGAGGCUGUCAGCUGGUGCUGAGUGCCUUUCCUUCCAACAGCAUCUGUGAUCAGACCAACAGAGACAACAAUUGUAAAACUGCCAAAAACCUGACAGUGGUGGGAGUACAGUGUCCACGUGUACUUUAUUGUAAUUUCUGAGUUUCUAAAAUCUUUUCCUGUUUUUAAGUAGAUCGUGGUUUGUCCAUUCAUGCCGUUUUCAAACGCGACACUGUUCGUAUUAGGUUUGCUGAUUUUAAAUGAAUUUAAAAGCAUGUGCUUUCCUCGUCCUGUGUGUGUGUGCGCUACAGUAAGCUGUUGCUUUGUAAGUAUUUGUGCGUUGAUAUUUGCGUUCUGAUGUGUUGAAAUGAGAGUCAAACUUUCGACUAGAAGUUUAAGUUAAAGACUAAAAUAUUGGAGAAAAUUAUAUAAUAAACAAAUGUUUUCUGAUUUCUGGUGAACGUAUUACAAGUUUAUCAUUCAUUGUCCAAAAGGGGGCGACGUUGCGCUGCAGUCUCUUCAACCGCUGUACAAACACAGGGCUUUUAUAAUUAAAUCGCAAUACGGAUACUCACCAAGAUUGAGUUUGUUAUAUUUGUACACAUUUUAUACAUAUAUUUAUACAUACAUAAAUUAAAACCAUGCACAUAAUGGGGGCUGUUAAUUCAGCUUUUUGGUCUCCUGAUUUUAUAGCAAUUGUUAGCAUGUUAGCAUAAACGGAAACAGCUUGGGUUUAAAAAAACAGAAAACGAUGCAAUCAUCCUAACGAGUGGAGUUGAACCCAGAACCCUCUGCAAGACAAGCAGGGAACUUGUCACUUUAGUUCAGUAUACGUAGCACACCUGCAAGAAACAAAAAACACAAACCUGUUCCUUGCAUAGUUGUACAUGUCACAGUGAACAUAUAUUAGUUAGCACGUUAGCUUAACAUUUAGCAAACAGAAUACAGCAUGUGUUUGGCUGAGAGAGUCAGUAUCUGAGGGGAUAUUUAGGAAGAGCUUUUAGUGUCAAAACGUUUUCAUGGAGAAAUUCAAGCUUCUUCAGCACAGUCGAUGGUGUUUAAGGUCACAGAGCCAGACGACUGCAGGACACCCUGACCAGUGUUGGACCAAAAUGUUCCUGUUGUUCUGACGGUGCUGUGUGACCGGGGAGGACAGAGACAUGGUUGAAGUUGAUCAAGCUUUAACUACAGGUGCAAGCACGGCUUCAGCCAGACAUCCAGAUUCAAACAGCAUCUCCUACUUGACAACUGACUGAUGGAUGAAAGGUCAAACGGCAGGUCUCUGGGACACCGCCCUGCUGGUCAGAUGCCUUCACUCAGAGACGUUCACAGAUCAGUGGGAGCUUCAUCACCGGAACCACAGCUCACUGGACUCUCCAAAUUGGCUCUUUGAUCUACACACAUUUACAUACACGUCGCUGUCCAAUCAGGUUUGUUUUUCGUCAGUGAAGAAUUGCCCGUAGAUGAAAAAUAAAAUCUGAUCACAUGAAGUUAAUGAGCCUUCUCGUUCAUGUACAGCGCCCCCUGUUGGAGAGUUUACUGGUGCAUUGGCGGAGCAGGAAGUGUGUCCAGAGGUGACCACAGCAGCAGGAGCGAGAUGAGAAUCCCCUUGCUCAGUAAUGGUCUUUCCAUGAGCGGCUGAUCACCUUUAUCAAUUUUUAAAGCCGGGGUUAUUGACGCUAACGUGACUUAUGGAGGUGAUGUAGAGGCCGAGAUAAUGAUUUCCUGAGCUCUCACCUCACAAAGAGGGGGAAAGAGGGGGAGAGAGAGGGAGAGAGCUGGCUCUCACUCUCAUAUAUACAGUAGCGGAUGUUGUUGCAGUAAUGCCUGAGUGAAGUGUUUCCAAUUUUCCAUGAUGCAUUUUCCCUGGAUGUUUGUUUUCCAAGAGACUCAAUGUAAAUACUCUGUACACUGAAUACAGUCAUUACAAAUAAUUGAUAUCAAAGUGCAUUUAUUUAUUUAUUUACGACUGAUAAUCGACUGUAUCUUGUACCACAGUACACUGUAAAAAGAAUAACACCAAUUUACUGCACCAUCAGUGUACCACUGUCACUGACAAAUACAAGCAAUAAUCAGAAUUAUUGUUAAUUGUUAUAAAGCGCAGUAACUGAGAACCACAAACUUGUAAUACAGCUCACAGGCUCCCUGCAGCACAGAGCCCCUCUGCUUUGUCCAGCUGUACACCACCAUUAACAGUAGGUCAAAAUAACACCAAAAACUUUUUAAGUUUAUUGACAGUGUUUGUACAGCAGCAGAAAAUUUGUCAUCAGAGCUGUAAUACCAAGCACUUCCACCAGGAUGAAACUCUUUUCUUGUCAAGGCCUCAUCUCAGCAUCACACGUCAUCUUAAAGAACCAGGGAUGGUUCUAUUAAAUUAAGAACGUCUUUCUAAUCCCUUCACUCUUCCACGUUACUUUGACUUAAUCUCCCAUUAAUCCCAGAAUGCACUGCUUCACCUCUGAAACCCUUAUCUCUCAAGUCAUGUUGUUCCAGCAGGAUCAGUGGUUUUUCACUGUCACUCAGACAAAUGAACGACUGGGAAUUGUUUAAUCCCAGGACUUUACGGUUUGUCGGGAGGAUUAAGAAUUUUUUUGCUGAGGAUGACGUGUUUUCUUCACCGUAAACAUUCUUCAAUCUAGAGACGAGUGAGACAUUGACGUCUCCAUCUCUGUCUUCAUGUCCGUAACACGUCUUCCUCUGAGUGUGUCUGCGUCU